AUGGAUGACAGAAGCCAACGAGGAAGCAUCCUUUCGAACGAUAACCAAGGCAAUAAUGAACCUCCACAUAUAGACGUUUCGUCCACGAAUAAUAAUGAAGAUACUCACCAUGAUUUAAAUGAUAAUAUCAACAUUGAGCCAAGACACGAUAGGAGUAAUGGGAUUGAUUGCGAAUCACCUAAUGAAACCACCAGCUUAUUAAGCGGAGAACCUUCGAAGAAAUAUGGUAAUAUCUCUGAGAACGGGGAGUUUGGAUAUAGUUCACAAUUCAAUCGUCGACCCUUCAAUAUAAGAAGACACACCUGGAAUCCCAUGCGAUUUCCGGCGGGUGUCUUCUCCAGACCAAUUCGUAGGUUCAAACAGAGAAGCGGCGUUUAUGACGAAGAUAAGAAUGCGUUAAUUCGCGAAGGUGGUGGCAUCCGAGUUUGGUAUGACGACUACACCACCAUCGAUUGGAUUCAUGACUAUGUCAAAGAGCGUGUCCGCGUUCGUAGACUCUAUUCAAUUGGGGGGAUUCGCGGGUACCUGAAAACUUCGUUCGAUGGUUUGCAAGGAUGGGUUUUGGUGUUUCUCAUUGGAAUCGUAACCGCGUGUUUUGCUGGUGCGGUCGACGUCGCAGCGGAAUGGGGCUCCGAUCUAAAGGAUGGCUAUUGUAACACCGAUUUCUACAGUAAAAAAAGUUUUUGUUGCAAAAACUCGGCAGAUUUGGAAGAAAGUUGUGCCAACUGGACCACAUGGUCGCAAGCGCUUCAUUUCGAAAGCGAAGAAGAAUCAUGGUGGUUUGAUUACUUUGCUUAUGUAUUUGUUGCGUUUUGUUUCGCUGUGGGUGCCGCAAUACUCGUGAAGUAUAAUUCUCUGUAUGCUUCACCUUCCUCGAAAAGUUCGUCGACGAUAAGCGAAAAUCGUCCCUCCCAUAAAAAUCUUAGAUCGUAUGCGGCUGGCAGCGGUAUUCCAGAAGUUAAAACUAUCCUAAGUGGUUUCGUGAUCCGUGGAUUUCUUGGCAUCAGAACCCUAUGGGUCAAAGCAUUAACUCUGGCCAUGGCCGUUUCAGCAGGACUGACUCUUGGAAAGGAGGGCCCAUUCGUACAUAUUGCGUGCUGUGUGGGGAACGUCUUGACGCGUCUUUUUCAAAAAUAUAAUAAGAAUGAAGGCAAACGAAGAGAAAUCCUUUCAGCUUCCGCGGCAGCGGGUGUGAGUGUGGCUUUUGCCGCGCCAAUUGGUGGUGUACUGUUUUCGCUGGAGGAAGUCAGUUAUUAUUUUCCGAGUAAAACAUUGGUCCGAAGUUUCUUUUGUGCUAUCGUUGCUGCAGUCACUUUAAAGUUGAUCGACCCUUUUAAUACGGGAAAAAUUGUUAUGUUUCAAGUAUCAUAUGUUAACGAUUGGCAUGUUUUUGAAAUUUUUUCAUUCUUGAUACUUGGUGUCUUGGGGGGACUCAUCGGCGCGCUACUAUGCAGAUCAAUCGUUCUAUACAGUAAAUAUGUUCGUAAUAGAACUUGGCUUAGAGAUUGGCCGGUGGUCGAGGUUAUUUUGGUGGUGACAAUUACGGCGACGGUCAACUAUUUAAAUAAAUAUACCAAAAUAUCCAACACGGAUCUAGUCCAUUUUCUAUUUAAUGAAUGCAAGAACGAUUCCACCGAUCUUGAAGGGCUUUGUGUGACAAACCCGGAAGAUGUUGGUGCAGUAUUUCGUCUUCUGGGCAUCACGCUUAUCUCAAAAUUUUUGACCUGCAUCAUAACGUUUGGCAUAAGGGUCCCGGCUGGGAUUUUCAUUCCUGCUUUGUUGAUUGGUGCAUGUUUCGGUCGGAUGCUUGGACUUGUCGUUCAAUGGUUGACUCUAACAUAUCCCGAAUUUCCUUUGUUUUCUGCGGUGUGUAAUCCUUACAAAACUAACGAUUGCAUAGUGCCAGGUAUUUAUGCCAUGGUAGGCGCAGCCGCCUCCUUAGCUGGAGUAACACGAAUGACGGUUUCCUUAACGGUCAUCAUGUUCGAACUUACUGGUGCUUUGACAUAUGUUCUGCCAAUAAUGACGGCAAUCAUGAUUUCAAAGUGGGUUGCGGACGGCCUUGUAAAGCAUGGAAUUUAUGAUCUUUUGAUAGAACUCAAUGGGCAUCCUUAUUUGGAUUCAAAGGUAGAAUAUGUGACAGCUAAAAGUACCAUUGAACUUUGCCAGAGAGAUUUGGAGGUUAUUGAUAUUAGUGAACCGAAUACCAUCGGAGAGCUGAAAGCAAAAUUGAAAAGAUUAUCACAUUCGGGAUAUUCAGAUGCCGGAUUUCCAAUAAUCGAUGGUUCAUUGCUGGUCGGAUAUAUUGCGUCCACAGAACUCGAACAUGCCUUGAGACAUGCAGAUUCGUACGCUGAAUCCACAAGGUGUCGUUUCAAGGAAACUAAAGAGAUCGAAAUCGAAAUUUCGGUGGAUAAUGGAAAUAAUGCAUCCAAGGAAAUAGAUUUUACAGUAUACAUGGAUCAGGCCCCAUUAACGGUGUCUCAAAAUUCAUCGCUGGAGGUUGUGUUGGAAUUAUUCAAGAAGUUAGGAUUGAGAUAUGUCUGCGUGGUAGAUUGUGGACAAUAUGUUGGCGUCAUCCAUAAGAAAAGAUUGUUAGCUCAUUUAAGAGAGAUGGACGUGAUAGAAGGUCAUUAA